AUGCCCUUCAGUUUUCAUGCCUGUCUCCAGGCUGUCUGCGCUGGUUUCAAAACUCUUUGGGCUGCACUCAACACAUAUGCACAGGCCAUCUGGUUGCACCUACUCAGGAUCUUCCCCAACCGUGCCAGCCUUCACAUUUUUCACCUCCUCCUCCAGAUAUCUUACCACCACCCUGGUCAUCACCAGGUCCAGUACCUGCUGACGAAGAUCCAAAUCUCCCAGAGGUACAGUUCACAGAUGCAAGUGAGCAUUCAAUACACAGGAGAAUGCCCUGAGCAUGAUGCCCCUCCAUGGAUGGACAAAGAAUACAAGGUCUGGUACAGGGACCUGCAUUUGAUGGCGCAUAAUAUGCUAGCAAACCCUACAUAUAAGGGUGAAAUUGACUUUGCCCCAUUUCGAGAGUAUGACACAUCAGACAAUACAUGCCAAUGGAUUUCAUGUCAGGAGACUGGGCAUGGCAACAGGCUGUACAACACGAUAUCACAGGAUCCGAACACACAAGGAUCGACAUUCGUUCCGAUCAUCCUCAGUAGUGACAAAACUAUGGUUUCCAUGGGUACAGGUAACAAUAAAUAUUACCCUCUGUAUGCCUCAAUCGGAAAUGUGCACAACAAUGUGUGUCGUGCUCAUCAUAAUGCUCUCGUUAUCAUCAGCUUCCUCUCCUUACCCAAAACUAUGCCUGGAAUGACCAAGUACGAGGUCCUACAUUGUGCAGAUGGCCAUUUCCGACGGGUUAUAUAUGGAUUAGGACCCUACAUAGCAGACUACAAGGAACAAUUACUGUUGGCCUGUAUUGUGAAAAAUUGGUGCCCGAAAUGUCUUGCAAUUCGAACAGACCUUGAUAGCAGUGGUUUGUACCGCUGUCGAGAACAUACAGAUCUAUUGAUAUGUGAGGGCAUAGGUUUGGAGGCAUUUAAUCUCAUUCCAUUCACAAAUGACUUCCCCCAAGCCGAUAUCUAUCAACUGCUAUCAUUUGAUCUCCUCCACCAGCUAAUCAAAGGCGCUUUCAAAGACCAUCUCGUUGAUUGGGUAGUAGAGUACCUUAGACUAAUGCAUGGAACUAAACGAGAAGAUGAAAUUAUGACAUUGUUCACUGGUCUACAGCAAUUUUCUGAUGGCCACAAUUUCAAACAAUGGACGGGUAAUGAUUCAAAAGCACUUAUGAAGGUAUUUCUUCCAGCUAUUGAAGGUCAUGUACCUCAAGACAUGGUGCGCACUUUUGGCGCACUUUUGGCAUUUUGUUACAUUGCGCGGUGGAACAUCAUUACUGAAGCCUCCUUGAAUCAACUUCAAGAUGCGCUUACUCGGUUCCAUCAUUAUCACCAGAUAUUCAAAACUACAGGCACAAAGCCUCACUUUUCAUACCCUCACCAGCAUUCAAUGUCCCACUAUGCAGACAUUAUCCGACUCUUUGGUGCACCCAAUGGACUAUGCUCAUUGAUCAUGGAAUCAAAGCACAUCAAGGCAGUAAAAGAUCCUUGGCAGCGGUCUAGCAGGAACAAUGCCCUUGGUCAAAUGCUUUUGACUAAUCAAUGCCUCAACAAACUUGCAGCAUCUCAUGUGGACUUUGCUACGGUAGCAGCAUUGGCAGAGGAAGUUCGUGUACCACACCUACGAUGCCUGAUCUAUUAUUUUCUGUUCUCCCAACUCUUCCCUGAUGACCCCCGCAACCCUGAAGAUAUACGUGCAUGUCCACUCUGGUGGAACACCUAUGCCCAUAAUGAUUGCAUAUUUGUUAACACCAAUCUAGACCUUGAAGGGAUUGAAGGGCUCGAAGUCGCCAGAGUCAAAUGCUUCUUUUCUUUCAAAUAUAAUUGGGUCAUAUAUCCAUGUGCCCUUGUUCAAUGGUUUGACAAGGUUGGUGACCAUGCUGAUGAGGAUACUGGCAUGUGGAUAGUCCGUCCAAGUGUUCAUGACGAUGGCACCCUAAACUUUGCUGUUAUUCAUCUCGAGACAGUCUACCGUGCAGCGCACCUAAUCCCCAUCUAUGGCCCUGAUUUCAUUCCUAAGAACAUCAAGUACUUUCAUUCUUAUGAUGCUUUCCACUUGUUCUAUGUCAACAGAUACACUGAUCACCAUGCCUUCAAGAUAGCAUCAUAA